AUGACUGAGCCGUCUCUUGCCCAGUAUUCCCCCCAUUACAGUUCAAAUUACACCGGUGCAGUAGCCAACGAUUUAUCGCGGGUCGCCUGUUCGGUACCCGGUCACGUCCCAUUUGUUGAUUUCAAAAUAGAACCGUGUACAACGACAAGAGAAAGGCUUAAUGCUGGAGGUUUCGGGAGGACGAUAACUGUGGUCCAGUACCGGUACCGUGUGAAGCUGAGAAGAAAAUUAUGUAGACAAGUAUGUUCUAAACAAAUGUUCUUCACAAAAAUGCCAAAUGAACACUACAUGGUAGAAGCUAAACUAAUCCUCGGAGCAGCAUCCGAAGACGUCCCAAACGCAGCAGAAAUAAAAACUAUUAUUAAAGACAUUUGGGAUAUACGCAUGUCCAAGUUACGGACCUCUAUGGAUGCACUGAUGAAGUCUGGAGGUGGUUACGGUAGGCUGGACCACUUGACUAUGAUGGAGAUUAAUUCUGCAAAGCCAUUACUGCCAUCGGCUAUGGAUUAUUUACUUCAAAUUCAGAAGAAAGCGCAGCAAAGAGUACAACAACCGUCAGCUCUCAACACAUCGACAUUCAGCCAGUCAGGAAGCUCUCAGAACACAUAG